UGCUCGCUCCCGCACUUGCCGGCUUGGCCCGCGGGCGCGUUCUCGUCUCUCCCUCGUUGUCCUCGCCAUGAUCUGCCUGGUGCUGACCAUCUUCGCCCACAUCUUUCCGACAGCCUGGACCGGCGUUAACGAGCGGACCUUCCUGGCCAUCAAGCCCGAUGGGUAUCAGCGGCCUCUGGUUGGCGAGAUCAUCCGUCGCUUCGAGAGGAAGGGAUUCCGCCUGGUCGCCAUGAAGAUGAUGCAGGCCUCGGAGGGACUGCUGAAAGAACAUUACAUCGCACUACGGGACAGACCUUUCUACAGCCGCCUUGUCAAGUACAUGGGAUCUGGGCCUGUAGUUGCUAUGGUUUGGCAGGGACUGGACGUGGUAAAGACGGCCCGCAUCAUGUUGGGAGAGACCAACCCUGCGGACUCCCUUCCGGGCACCAUCCGCGGGGAUUUCUGUGUGGACGUCAGCAGGAAUGUGAUACACGGCAGUGAUUCUGCAGACAGCGCCCAGCGUGAAAUCUCUCUAUGGUUCCGGCCGGAGGAGCUCGUCUGCUGGCAGCACAAUGAAGAGAGCUGGAUUUACGAGUGAUGGACGAGCCGCCGUAAAGCAAUGGGACUGCUGGGACGUCACUGUAGGAAUUAAAUUCGCUCCAUUAGA